CGAGGCGGCCGCCGCGCUGCGCGCGGGGGGCGCGCCCCCGCCCCGUCCGCGCGCGGAUGCCAUUUGCGGCGGCAGAGCACCUGGCGGGGUGGCUCGGCGGGGCCACAGUGUUCGCAGAGCUCCCUGGCCACGGGCACGAGCUCGACUCGCAGGCUGCCCACGCCGGCGCCGCCGGCACCGGGGGCGUCGCGGGCGAGGCGGAGCUCCGUGAGCUGAGCGGGGGCGCAGUCCGGGUGGACUUGCUGAACAAUAACAACUCGCAGUACUACGGCGACUUCGCUGUUGGCAGCCCGAAGCAGAGGUUCACUGCGAUCUUCGACACCGGCAGCGCCGUCACGUGGCUCCCAGGCGCAAAGUGCAACGGCAUCACCUGCCAGGAGCACCACCGCUUUGAUUCCGCGGGCUCGCGGUCCUUCGAGGGCCCCCUGGACGGCAAGACGGCGGCCAGCGGUGGCAGCAGCGGCUCGAUCCACUACGGCACCGGCGAGGUCAGAUACGAGGGAGGCACGGACACUCUGACCUUCUGCGACAGCCACGACAACCCUGGUUGCCAUGCCGCGGAUGGCAGCACACUUACGGUGCGAGGCCAGCCGUUCGGGAUGUCGACCCACCAGACGACGUAUCCGUUCCGGGCGACGGGUUCUGCCUUUUGACGGGAUCAUGGGGCUUGCCCCGUCCGCGAGCAAGAACUCAGUGCUGGCCCAGCUGAAGGCCGCCAAGUCUUUGCACCGCAACGUCAUGGGGGUGUACCUUUCCCAGGACAGCCACCGCACGGGCAGCAUCGAUUUUGGUGGCGUCGAACCAGCGCGCAUGGCCCCGAAGAGCCCGCUACACUGGCAC